CUUUGUGAAUGCUUAACACAAAGUGAUAUGGAGCAAUUUCUCAAGCUGGAAUGGCUACUUGCAUGGGUAGCUUCUCUUCCAACCAGACCAAAAUGGUGUUCAACAACCCUUGAAAUGACUGGGUACCCAACUAUCCAACCAAUAAACCUCAUCUGGCGCAAUGGCUUAGAGAUAGUGCAACAUCUCUUUGCAAAUCCAAUUUUUGUGAACCACAUGACAUAUGACCUGCACAUUGUGGUUGAUGGUGAUGAGUGCUGA